UGCAACACUACGACAUGAAGCUCCUCGUAACGGUGGUCAGUUUGUUAGUGGCGCUGGCAGUAGUGUCUGCCGGGCACAAUAAAAGGGGGUGGGGUUCCCAUGUAGUGGCGUACGGGGGCGGUGGGGGCGGAGGCUGGGGCGGCUCGGGCGGCUCGGGCUGGGGUGGACGGCGGUCUGGAUGGAACGGUGGUGGUGGCGGGUGGAGUAAUGGCUACGGAUGGAACUCUGGUGGCUCCGGAUGGCGAGGCAAGUCUGGAUGGAGCGGCGGUUCUGGAUGGCAAGGGGGGUCUGGAUGGAAUGGCGGUUCCGGGUGGCAAGGACGAUCUGGAUGGGGUGGUGGUUCUGGAUGGCAAGGAAGUUCCGGGUGGAGCGGCGGUUCCGGCUGGGGAGGCUCCGGCUGGAAGGGAAAAUCUGGAUGGGGAGGAUGGUAAUAAAUAACACAAAGCAAAUUAAGCCAACCAGAGCACAGAGUCUACUUUAGCGUCAUAAGAUUACGUGAACCUCUUCAAUCGAAUUUAUACAUCAUGUGAAAUAAAUUGUUUUU